ACUCGUCUUCUGUGCAUAGAAUCAGACCGCUCGUUCGGUAGAAGGAAGUGCUUUUAUUAUCGCUUUAAUUUGGUGUACACGAGCCUUCAUCAGUUCGUAUAAAAUUGCGUAACCCCCGACACUGGCAAAGAGGGGUCGUUUGUACCUUUCCAGCAUUUCAACGCUAUACCUGAAGCUGUGGAAACGCUGUUUUCUCUAUAUUGCCGGAGUAGCGUGGGUUAAGGUGGGCCUUGCCCGGAUAUCUGUCUGACAAGCGAACCAAAACCGAUCCGGUACCCACCUCAAGAUAACCAGCACGGUCACGCGCAUAGUUAGUCCUCUAAAGACUACGUUUGCAGACCGUUUGGACUUUAACACACUCCAAAUGGCCGAUAACCUAAGCGAAGCACUGAAGACGCUAAAGCUCUCGUCGGUAGAAAGCGCUACAGACACUACUGAAGGAUGCUUGGACUGUCUGCUCAAAGCCUUGGCCCACAAUAAUGUUGAGACUAGUGAAAAGAUCCAGGAGAUGGGUGUGCUUACCAUAAUGCCCGGUCUGCUGUCUGCACAAAACUCAUCUACACCGAAAGUAGCCAACAUCAUUGCAGAAGUGGCCAAAAACGAAUUCAUGAGAAGCCCGUGUGUGGAAGCAGGUCUUAUUCCUCCUCUGGUUCAGCUGCUAAACUCUAAGGAUCAGGAAAUACUGCUCCAGACCGGCCGAGCCCUUGGAAACAUCUGCUACGACAGCCAUGAGGGCAGAAGUGCAGUUGACGCAGCGAGCGGUGCUCAGAUAGUUGCAGGGCACAUUAAGGCUCUGGCCGAAAGCACUGACCCGGCCACCGGGAAGCUCUUGACUGUCUUUUGUGGCAUGCUGAUGAACUAUAGCAAUGAUAAUGACUCACUGCAGGCACAGCUGAUCACUAUGGGUGUGAUCCCAACACUGGUCAAACUACUAGGGGUUCAUUCCCAAAACACAGCGCUCACUGAGAUGUGCCUCAUUGCUUUUGGGAACCUUGCAGAGCUGGAAUCGAGUAAGGAGCAGUUUGCCUCAACGAAUAUCGCAGAGGAGCUUGUCCGACUGUUCCGUAAGCAGGUCGAACAUGAGAAGAAGGAGAUGAUCUUUGAGGUGUUGGCUCCACUCGCAGAGAACGAUGCGAUUAAGCUUCAGCUGGUGGAGGCUGGUUUGGUGGAGUGUCUACUGGAGGUGGUCGCUCAGACUGUGAACAGUGACAGAGAGGAAGAUGUGGCUCAACUCAAGACGGCCUCAGACCUCAUGGUGCUUCUCUUGUUGGGAGAUGAAUCAAUGCAAAAGCUGUUCGAGGGAGGGAAAGGCAGCGUUUUUCAAAGGGUUCUUUCAUGGGUGCCCUCCAACAACCAUCAGCUUCAGUUAGCUGGCGCCCUCGCCAUCGCUAACUUUGCCCGCAAUGAUGGGAACUGCAUCCACAUGGUAGAUACUGGUAUUGUACAGAAGCUUCUGGAACUGUUAGACAGACACGUGGAUGAGGGAAACGUCACGGUCCAGCAUGCAGCGCUAAGCGCUCUGAGAAAUCUAGCUAUACCAGUGGUCAACAAAUCUAAGAUGCUCUUGGCUGGUGUGUCAGAUGUGGUGUUAAAAUUUCUCAAGUCUGAAAUGCCUCCAGUUCAGUUCAAGCUCCUGGGAACGUUACGGAUGCUCAUCGACACACAGGCUGACGCUGCAGAGCAGCUGGGAACAAACACAAAACUGGUGGAGCGUUUGGUGGAGUGGUGUGAAGCUAAAGACCACGCUGGUGUGAUGGGAGAGUCUAACCGUCUGCUGUCUGCUCUUAUACGACACAGCAAGUCAAAGGAUGUGGUCCGAACAGUCAUACAAGGUGGAGGUGUCAAGCACUUGGUAACCAUGGCAACAAGUGAGCACAUGAUCAUGCAGAAUGAAGCGCUGGUGGCCCUGGGUCUCAUUGCAGCUCUAGACCUUGAUUGUGCAGAGAAAGACUUUGUUGGCUCCAGUCUGGUGCAGGUACUACACAAACUGCUGACGGAUGAGCGAAGUGCACCCGAGAUCAAAUACAACUCUAUGAUUUUAAUCUGCUCUGUCAUGGGAUCAGAACCUCUCCAUAAAGAAGUGCAGAGCUUGGCCUUCAUCGAUGUGGUCUCCAGUCUACGCUCGCAUGAGAACAAGACGGUGGCCCACCAGGCUUCACUCACAGAACAGCGACUAACAGCACAGAGCUAAAAGACACUUACAAUCCAGCCUGCCUGCCUCCUAUCUGCACAAACACACACACACUGUCUCUCACCGUAUCUUUCAUUGUCAUGUGCCAAGCUGUUGUCCAAUCUGCAUUCCCGGAUACAGGCCCUCAUCUCUACCCUGCUCCGAAUGAGAUGCAUCACCCAAAGGUGGCCAUACUUUCUAGACAGCCUUCUGCAAUAGAUUCAUACAUCAAGUUUUGAGAAGACCAUAGCUGUGAUUUAAAUAAAAAAUAAACCACAUGAGGCUUCAAAAUAGAAACUAAAUGAAUUUUGGCUGUGGGAAUAGGGCAGCAGGGCUUUCAUGACUUGUAAGAUCUUACAUACCAACCAAGUUGUGCAUGUUUUUUUAAUGGUCCAGUUGAUGUAUCAGUGUACAGACAUUUAAGCCACACCCAUGACUCCGCCCCCUCCCCUGCUUUAACGUUUCCUUAUACAUUUAAAUGUAGAAAUCAAAAUGUGUUUGAGCUGUAUAGGGGACCGCUGGGGGAGCAUGGACCUUACAUAUUUACCUCCUGGUCCUCAUGCCAUACAUGAUCAAUGGAGUCACUAUACUGGAAAGAGCUAAUUUCAUAUCAUUAGUCUGUUGUAUUUAUAAAAAUAGAUUACUGUACUAUUAUAAAGACGUCUUGGUACCAAGGAACUAGUAAUGAGAUUUCAUUCAAAGGGACAGUAUACCCCCAAAUUUAAACUUUUUCAUUAUUUACUCACCCUUAUUUAUUUAAAUCCCCAAUUUCUUUCUUGAUGUAAUGCACACGGUUACUAUGGGAGUGGAUGGUGACCGAGGCACCCUUCAAAAGUAUAAAAUAAAUUAUUUUACUCCUCUUGCUAUCAGGAUAUCGCUGAUGUAAAAAGCAAACUGUUUAGACACAGAGAAAGUCCAAUGAAAGUGGGGCACAAGGAGUCAAGACUUGAAUCCAAUAUUGGAUAUUUAGUUAGUUUUUUACCAAAUCCUUUUGUAUGCCUUCAGGACACUUAAAUUACCCCAGUCGAGUCGUGCAGUAUAUUUUAUUUAACAAUUUCGGGUCUUAUUGAAGCUUGAAGAGGUGGUCACCAUCCACUCCCAUUGUAAUCAGAAACCCCAACAAUACUUUUUAAAAUUAAAUGUUUUUUUUUAAAGUCGUUGGGGGUAAAAAUACAUGAUGAUGGUGAGUAAAUAAUGACAGUUUUUCAUUUUUGGGUGAACUGUCCCUUUAAGGUGACAUAACACUUUUUUUGAAAAUAUGCAAAUUUUAUAGCUCCCCUAUAGUUAAACAUUUGAUUUGUACCGUUUUGGAAUCCAUUCAGCUGAUCUCCGGGUCUGGCGCUAGCACUUUUAGCAUAGCUUAGCACAGUCCAUUGAAUCUGAUUAGACCAUUAGCAUCACGCUAAAGAGAACAAAAGAGUUUUGAUAUUUUUCCUAUUUAAAACUUGACUCUUCUGUAGUUACAUCGUGUACUAAGACCGACGGAAAAUUAAAAGUUGCAAUUUUAUUUUAGGGAGAUGUUAGGCUAGGAACUAUACUCUCAUUCUGGAGUAAUAAUCAAGGACUUUGCUGAUGUAACAUGGCUGUUACAGGUGUAGUGAUAUUACGCACUGCCCAAAAAUAGUCCCCUGCUAUUGAAAGUAACCAAGUCAAGUUUUAAAUAGGAAAAAUAUCGAAACUCUUAUUUUUAGCAUUAUGCUAAUGGUCUAAUCAGA